UGAUGUUCGAUAUCUAUAUGCAUCCGUUGAUCGACGAAUUUAAUCACUCACCGUCCGAGCUCCGCCUGGAUGUCAUAAUCGUCCUUGAACUCGACUCCUCGACGUACCGUCACAUCUCGAUAGGGGAAGCUGGGCUCGAUCUCUGAAAAUAAUCGUAAAUGCAACAAUAAUCUGUCGAAGAGCACUAUUUAAUACUCGACGAACAAUAUUAAAAUGGGUUACACAGCAGAUCAGGAUAAUGAUAGUAUAGCAUCUGAUCUUCAGAAUAAACAUGAUAUUUGUAUUGAAAAUGAACAGGACAAGAAGAAAUAUAAAUGUACUUAUGCCGAAUGUCAUGCUGUAUUCCUGCGACCUUCUAGAUUGCAAAGACACAUACGAUCGCAUACUGGAGAGAGACCUUAUAAAUGUGAUCAUCCAGAGUGUACAAAGUCAUAUACCAAUUCUAGUCAUUUGAAAAGACACUUGGAAACACAUAAUGCCGUAAAGAAAACAUAUAAAUGUCCACAAUGUUCAUUGUCAAUCAGUAAUCUUCAUAAUUUGAAACGUCAUUACAAGAAGAUGCAUAGCAAAGAUAAAAAAAUGGAUUGCAAAGAAUGUGGUGAAAAUUUCAAUAAGAAGAAUCAGUUAGCUGAACAUCAAACUAUACAUUUUGGACCCAUGACUUAUAAAUGUGAUAAAUGUGUCAAAAAUUUCACAAAUGUCAACAAAUUUAAACGGCAUAGAAAGGAACAUGAAAAGGAUCCCAAACGUUAUCUUUGUCCAGUAUCAGAAUGCUCAGAGGUGUUUGAUAAAUGGCUAUUACUGUGUGCACAUAGAAGAGCUAAACAUGUAACAAAUUAUAAAUGCAACAAUUGUGAUAAGGUUUUUCUGAGUAAAUUUAGAUUAAGAAUGCACUCCAAAAUACAUUCUGAGAAUAGAUUGGUUGUAUCAUGUCCAUAUGAUAAUUGUCAUAAGACUUAUUUAUUCAAAUCCAAUUUGGAGCAACAUAUAAGAAUCAAGCAUCUUGGAGAAAAAUUUUAUUGUGACGUAUGUUCUAUAGGUCUUACAUCAAAACAAAAGUUGAUAGAACAUAUUCAACGUCAUGAACCCAAGAAGGAAAAAAAGAAAUCAAAUAAAAUAGAAAGAAAGAAGAGAAAAGAUGCUGGUAUACCUAAGAAGAGUGUACUAUCUGGAUUAAUUGGAGUAAACUUGCCUUACAACUUAGAAAAGAUGGUGAUAGAACGAGAAACAAUGAUAACAAAUGAUAACAUAAAAUGAUCAUAUAUCGAAAAUAUCUAAUAAAUAUAUAGACAUUUAUUCCUGAACAUAUUAUAAUUUGUUGACAACUGACAAUUUGUU